UCCGACCCAAAAGAACAGAAACAUUUCAUUAUAUUAAUUGCCGGAAAAUAUAAAAGCCGAUACAAGAUGCGAGAGAACUCAGUAGGCGAAUCUUCCAUCGAAGGAAUACGUCGUCGUUCAACACGCGCAAAAAUGCUACACAAUAGCAAGUUCAACCUGGCCUCCUUCCUGCUGAUUGCCAUCUCGUUGGCCACUCGUGCGACAGCUGAAGAUUGCUGUGAGCCCGGAGAUGUUAAGCUGGAUCCCGAUGAUUGCACCAAGUACUUCGUUUGCUGCACUGGCAAAUUCAAGCCGAUGUCCUGUCCCAGCGGUGAAUAUUGGAAUGCCGGUGCAGGUCAAUGUGAAAUCGACAAUGGUGAGUGCAACUGUAAUGGCCAAACCUGCAUCGAGGGUGACAUUAUCACCGAUGCCAACAACUGCAGCAACUUCAAGAUCUGUGUAAAUGGCAAGUAUCAGUCCGAACCCUGUCCCAGUGGAGAGUACUGGAACUCGGCCGCCCACGAAUGCCAGCUGGAUGAAGGUCAAUGCGUUGGCACAACAACGCCGCCAGUCUGCGUAGAUGGCGAGGUCAAGGAGAAUGAGGCCAACUGCGCUGGCUACUACAACUGCACAAAUGGCCAAUGGGUGGGGCAUCUGUGUAAUGCUGGCAAAUACUGGAACGUCCAGGCUAAGGAGUGUCAGAAGGAUGAGGGUCAAUGCAAUGGCGGCUCAGAGUGUGAAGAUGGCGAUGUUAAGGAAAAUGAAGACAAUUGCGCUGGCUAUUAUAACUGUAUCAAUGGCACAUAUGUGCCACAGCUUUGUGCCGCAGGACUAUACUGGAGUGUGGAAGCCAAGACCUGUGUCGUCGACAAUGGCGAAUGCAAUGGCCCGCCAGGUCCCAGUUGUGACGAUGGCACUGUUGUCGUGAAUCCUUCCAAUUGCUCUGGUUUCUACAACUGCACCAACGGUAAAUUUGUGUUCCAACUUUGCGGAUCAGGACUCUACUGGAACAACACGAUCCAAGAGUGCGAAAAGGACGAAGGACAAUGUGUUGGCACCCCAUCUCCCGUGUGUGAAGAAGGUGCACUUAAGGUCGAUGACGACAACUGUGCUGGUUACUUGCAGUGCAUUAAUAAUUCCUGGGUGAACAAAGACUGCGCGGCUCAAAGCUACUUCGAUAAAGAACUGCUGACGUGUGUCAUCGAUAGCGACGGUGUUUGUGUCUGUGCCGAUGGAGAUCUUAAGGUGAAUACCGCGAACUGCACUGGUUACUACAACUGCACCAAUGGCAAAUACGUUGCGCAAUUCUGCGCAUCAGGACUUUACUGGAAUGCCGAUGACAAGCAGUGCCAGAAGGAUGAGGGACAAUGCAAUCCCACACCAUCUCCCGUAUGUGUAGAGGGCUCUCUCAAGGUCGAUGACGACAACUGUGCUGGUUACUGGCAGUGCACCAACAAUUCGUGGGUGACUAAAGAGUGUGGAACUGGUAACUACUUCGACAAAGAUCUUCUGGCGUGUGUGGUGGACAGCGAUGGUGUUUGUGUACCCACACCAUCUCCCGUAUGUGUAGAGGGCUCUCUCAAGGUCGAUGACGACAACUGUGCUGGUUACUUGCAAUGCACCAACAAUUCGUGGGUGACUAAAGAGUGUGGAACUGGUAACUACUUCGACAAGGAUCUUCUGGCUUGUGUUGUGGACAGCGAUGGUGUUUGUGUACCCACACCAUCUCCCGAGUGUGUCGAGGGAUCUCUUAAGGUCGAUGACGACAACUGUGCUGGUUACUGGCAGUGCACCAACAAUUCGUGGGUGACUAAAGAGUGUGGAACUGGUAACUACUUCGACAAAGAUCUUCUGGCGUGUGUGGUGGACAGCGAUGGACAAUGCAACCCUACACCAUCUCCGGUGUGUGAGGAGGGCACACUUAAGGUGAAUGAAGCCAACUGUGCUGGUUACUUGCAGUGCGUGAACAACGCUUGGGUCGCAAGACUGUGUGCAUCUCAGAGCUACUUCAAUGCUGAUCUGUUGGCUUGUGUUGUGGAUACAGAUGGUGUUUGCGUUCCCAAGGUCUGCGAUCCCGAGUGCUGUGAUCGGCCCAAUGAUUGGUUGGGCUCCGUGGACAACAACUGUUCCGCAUUCAUACACUGUCUCUAUGGCAACAAAUUUGAGAUGAGAUGCCCCAAUAAUCUGCAGUUCAACAAUGUCACCAAGGAGUGCGAUUACCCCGAGAAUGUGCAGUGUGAGGAUGGCUCGGAACCUCCAAGUGGUCCCACUGCAGGUCCUUCGGGCACAUAUUGCGAAAGUAAGGGUCGUUGUGUUGGCCAGUCCGAUGGCACUAUGUUGGCUGAUGAGGAUGAAUGCAGCAGUUCCUAUAUCGUCUGCCAGUGCGAGUGCGCGAUCGACUUCAAGUGCAACGCCGGUCUGGUGUUUAACCAGAAGCUCAAAGUUUGUGACUGGCCCACAAAUGUGGAUUGUUAAGUUCCUUUAAUAAAAAUAGAAUAUAUGAAGCUGCA